AUGGCGCUUGCGACUGACAUCUUAGAGGCUAUAUCAGGUGAAGAAUGCGAGUUUCUCUAUGAUGAGAGAAGUCCAUACGAAUCAUCAAGUUUCGAUUUACCUUCUCCGCAUUCUCCAGAUGAUUUACGAGGUCUACAACGUGCACGUUUUUCUACGCAUAAUCUGCCGUUUCUCGACGCGGAAGGAGAUCAGUAUCUCCGCUACACGGCUGACAUUUCAUUGGAGUCCUAUUGA